AUGGUAAUAUCGAAUGAUAGUAGUGAAUCUCAACCAAAUAAAAUUGAACUUAAAGCAUUGUGUGCAACUCGCUGGGUAGAAAGACAUGAGUCUAUCAUUACGUUUCAAUGUUUGUAUAAAUUCAUUUUAAUUGCAUUUGAAGAAUUAGAAAAAGAUUCUAAUAGAGAAACAUCCUAUAAGGCAACAAAUUUUAAUUCUAGUGUAAGAAGAAGUAAAUUUCUAGUAUCUCUUGAGAUAGUAGCGAAUUUAUUUGCAUACACGAAUACCUUAAACAUUCAAUUGCAAAGUUCCAAACAAGAUUUAUCUAUGGAUAAGAUUAAUAUUAAAAAUAUAAUAGCUCUUUUUAAUAGCAUACGGGAAAAUCCUGAUAAUACAUUUGAUUCUUUAUUUGAGAAUGCAGCCAGAAAAGCUCAAAUGUUUGGAGAAGAAAUAAAAAUCCCUCGACUUCGUGGUCAGCAAACUCAAAGAAAUAAUAUAAUUAUUCGUAUGAUUAUGGAUUGGUUUUAA